AUGGACGACAAAAGCGACGUGUGGGACGAAUGGUAUGAAAUAUACUCAAGAGCUCGACCUAGAGAGGAGGCUAUGAUAAGCAAAUUACCCGACGCUUUGAUAUCUCAGAUACUCUCGUAUCUUCCGACAAAGGAAGCUGUUAGGACUAGUGUUCUGUCCAAUCGGUGGAAAAGUCUCUGGCUUUUGAUUCCCGCGUUGGAUUUGGCCUCUUCUCGGUUCCCAGAUUACAAUGCCUUUGUGAGUUUUGUCGACAGGCUCCUAGGUUUCUGCAGGGAAGAGAAGUCAUGCUUGCACAAGCUCAAGCUCAGUAUUCAGAAAGAUGUGAAUGAUCCGCCCUGUCUCACGCGGUGGAUAGACUUUGUGGUUAGGCGUAAACUCGAGCAUCUUGAUGUUGAGUGUCUUGUGAAUCGUAAGUUCUUAGAGGUGAUGCCUCUAAGCCUCUAUGUAUGUGACACACUUGUAUCUCUAAGACUCCAUCGUGUAUCGUUGAGCGAGUUCGAGUCUGUGUCUCUACCUCGCGUCAAGACUAUGAGUUUAGAACACAAUAUAUAUGCCAACGAUGCGAGUCUGGAGUCACUCAUCUCUUCUUGCCCAGUUCUUGAAGACUUGAACCUUGUCAGAAUGGUAACAGAUAACGUCAAGGUUGUGCGAGUUCACUCUCAGACGUUGACCAGUCUCGAUAUAGACUAUUCGGUUGGUGAAGGUGAUGACUAUGCUGAUGGUUAUGUAAGAGAAGGCUCAGCGGUUUUGGUUGAUGCCCCAAGACUCAAGUGUUUGAAAUGGCAAGAUGAUUUAUCGGACAGUAAAGUCUUGACCAACACGGGUUCUUUAGUCAAGGUCGAUUUUGAUUUUGUCUUUAAUCUCGAGAAUGAUUUUGCUGAUGUAGCUGACUUGUGGAAGCGUAAUAUGGUUCGUAACUUUUUCACCAGUAUCUCGAGAGUCAGGGAUAUGACCAUCUCUGCCUUUACUGCCGAGUUUCUGUAUUUUAACAUGGAAUACGACCCAUUGCCCCAGUUUUGCAACCUUUCGCGUUUACAAGUGAAUUUCUAUUUGUAUAAUCUGGAUAUGUUGCCAACCCUUCUUGAGAGCUGUCCGAAUCUGAAAUCACUCGUCAUGGAUUUUGAUUUUGAUUCUCCUUCGUCGAAGGAGAACGAGCUAAUGAGACUGUCAUCCGUACCUCGGUGUUUGCUGUCAUCACUCGAGUUUGUUGAGAUCAAACGUUUCAAUGGAGGGGCUGCGAAAAUGGAAGUAGCGAGGUACUUUGUUGAAAACUCAGUAGUCCUGAGGAAACUUGUUCUGCACUUACGAUGUUCCAUGCUGCAAGAAGGGUUUAACAUGUUGAAGGAUCUCAUUGCAUUGCCCAGACGAUCUAGCACAUGUCGAAUCGAAGUUUGUUGA